GAGGCCGCCAGCGGGCGGCCCGACGCGAACGGGUCCCCGGGCCUGGGGGAGCUGCCGCAGCCCGACCUCCUGGGGCUGGUGUCGGCCUUCGACCGCCUCGAGGAGGACGAGGAGGACCUGCUGCAGCAGCUGGGCGAGCCGGCCUUCGAGCUGGACGACAACUUCUUCAAGGCCUUCGAGGAGAAGGAGGAAAACAACAACAAUGUCGUUUCGGGCAAUGCAAGUUCUGAAGGUUCCUCCAGUAAUGGUACAAACAAUGCUUUACCACUGACUAAAAGUGCCUCGUUAGCCAUGUCUCAAGAGGCUCGAAGUUCGUCAGCUGCAGCAGUAGCAGCAGCUGUCAGAAAGUACAAUAUAGCAGCAGCCAAUCCUCUUCUGGCAGAGAAACUUGCUGCUCCUCCCCCUGCUGUGUCAAACAGCAACUCAGGCAGCAGUCAUAUGAACAGUCUGGGCAGCUCAAGCACGUCGACGUCGACUUCCAUAUCGUCUGCCUCAGUGCCCAUCAUUAGCAGAGCUUCCAUCAAGACGGAGUGCCUUCCCAUCAACAAAGGUCAGUCUCUUGCAUUGUGUUUCUUUGAUCAAUUCAGUACGUAA